GACCCCUAUCCUUAUUCAUUCAUUCAUUCACAGGCCCAGCAAUAUAACCUCAAACUUGUGAGUGAUAAAAAACUUUGCCAUUUACAGAGAGGUACCCUUGCCAUGGAGUACCAAAAGCACAACCCAUGUAGUGUUUUCUUUUCUUCAUGUCUUGUUAUCAUAAUGUUGAUCAACACUCCCAAAGCUGCUGAGGGUCGAGCAUUUUUCGUUUUUGGGGAUUCGCUCGUUGACAAUGGCAACAAUAACUACCUCAUUACCACUGCUCGAGCUGAUUCAUACCCUUAUGGUAUUGAUUAUCCAACUCACAGAGCCACCGGUCGUUUCUCCAAUGGCCUCAACAUUCCAGACCUUAUCAGUGAGCGAAUUGGGUCGGAGCCCACACUGCCCUACUUGAGUCCUCAGCUGGAUGGAGAAGCGCUUCUUGUUGGUGCCAAUUUUGCUUCUGCUGGGAUAGGAAUUCUCAAUGACACUGGAAUUCAGUUUAUAAACAUAAUUCGAAUCAGCAGGCAAUUGCAAUACUUUGAGCAGUAUCAGCAACGGGUGAGUGCGCUGAUCGGAGAAGAGGAGACAGGGCGGCUGGUGAACGAAGCCCUGUUUCUAAUAACUUUAGGAGGGAAUGAUUUUGUGAACAACUAUUUCUUGGUGCCAUUUUCUGCAAGAUCACGCCAGUUUGCACUCCCGGACUAUGUUGUCUACCUCAUUUCUGAGUAUCGAAAAAUUCUUGCGAGGCUUUAUGAAUUGGGAGCAAGGCGAGUUAUGGUAACUGGUACGGGACCUUUAGGAUGUGUGCCAGCAGAAUUAGCUCAGCGUAGCAGAAAUGGGGAAUGUUCACCGGAACUGCAACAAGCUUCUGAUUUGUUCAACCCUCAACUUCUCCAAUUGAUCAAUCAACUCAACUCUGAAAUUGGUUCUGAUGUCUUUGUUUCUGCAAAUGCCUUUACAAUGAAUAUGGAUUUUAUUAGUGACCCUGAAGCUUUUGGAUUUGCGACAUCAAAAGUUGCUUGCUGUGGACAAGGUCCAUACAAUGGGCUUGGACUCUGCACUCCAGUUUCUAACCUGUGUCCAAACAGGGACUUAUAUGCAUUUUGGGAUCCCUUCCAUCCAAGCGAAAGAGCAAACAGAUUGAUCGUGGAAAGAUUCAUGAUUGGUUCCUCCGAAUACAUGCAUCCAAUGAAUCUCAGUACCAUUAUGCAUUUGGAUUCAACUUCAAGGACCUAGCUAGCUACCUACCUUAUAGUAAUUAAUUAAUACCUCUUCUUCCUGUUGGUACUGUUGUUUUCUCCAGUGAUCGACAUGCUGUGUUGUAUUAUAUAAUUAUUGUUUAGGCUAGCUAUAUCCUUAAUAAGUGUGCAAAUUACUAUAAGAAAACAUUUUAUUUCAAACUGUGAGAAUUCAUGAUAUAUAAAAUGUAUCCCUCAGUGUUGCUUUGAGAAAAAAGACAGCUAGUCCAAGUGUAUCACUUU